AUGCGGCCGUCGCCGGCAACGCCUGCAGGCGACCCGCCACCAUCGCGGCGGAGGGCGGCAGCGGCGGCCGCCGCCAAUCCACCAUCUGGCGGCGACCCCUCUCCGCAAACCCCCGGUUCCGGGGGAAGAUCCCGCGGCGCGCGGCAGCAGUCGCGGCUGCACGCGCGGCAGCGGCAUGAGGGCUCACCGUCCGCGCUAGAAGCCUCUCCGCGUGGAGCAACCGGCGCAGUAGUAGAUUUAACGGGCUCGGGGGGGACUACAGCUGCUGCUCCUGGCAGCGCAGGAGCGGCGGCGUCCGCCUCCCCGGCCUCCGCGGGGGGCAGCGCGCGGAGGAAGCGGGGGAGACGGGAGCUGGACGCGCUGCUUGGCGCUGGGGGAAAGGGUGGCGCAGGCAGUCCCCGCCAAGGGGGGAGCCCGGAUCUGGAAGGAUGGGAGGGUCGGCGGAGCAUGCGGCGCUUGAGUGGGGGAGGGGGAAGGGGAGGGGGAAGGACGGCGGAGAGGGGCGGAGGGGAGUUCGCCACAGAGGAUGAUGUGGCGGCAGGGGGGAAGCAGCGGAAGGGGGCGGGGAAGGACGAUCGGAAGGAGCAUGAGGAUGCGGGGGGAGAGGUGGAGAGUGAGGAGGAGGAAAGGGAGGGUGAAAAGGAGUCGUGGGCAGAGAGGGGGACAGGAAGAGGUGCUAUUGGCAGGGGAACAAGGGGGAGGGGUAGGGGUGGGAGAGGGGGUGUUGCGGGCCCGAGUGGAGGAACGGGGCGGGGGGUGGGAGGGAUGAGAGGGAGGGGGCGAGGCAGCGUGAGAGGGAGAGGACGAUGGGGACGAAGAUGGGCAGCGGGGCGUGGAAGAGGAGAGGGGAGGGGAGUGAAAGAGGUGGAUGAAGAGGAAGAGAAGGACGAGGAGGAAGAGGAAGAGGAGGAAGAGGAGGAGGAGGAAGAAGAUAAGGAGGAGGAAGAAGAGGAAGAAGAGGAAGAAGAGGAGGAAGAAGAAGAGAAAGAAGAGGAGGAGGAAGAGGAGGAGGAGGUGGGCGGGGUGGAGGGGGGAGAAGGGGGUGUGGAUCUGGCGGUAGGGAGUGAAGGAGGAGAAGACGAGGGGAGUGACGAGCGUGUGAGAAAGGAGAGGAUGACGAGGAGAAGAGGGAAGGUUAAGGGGACGGGCGUGUUGGAAACUGGUGGGGUGAAGGAGGUGUUAGUAGGGGAGGAAAAAGAGGGGAGGGAGGGGGAGAAAGAGGACAGAGAAGGGGAAAAGGCGGAACGAGCAGAGGAAGAUAAGAGCAAGAAAGGAAAGCAGGAGGGCCGGGGAAAGGGAGGGCGUGUGGAGGAAGGUGGCGGGAGGGAAGCGAGGAGUAGUGAGGGUCUGAGUGCCCAGGAUUUGUUGUUGAGGAAGAAAGGAAACGGCGCCAGAAUUAGUGUGUGUGUGACAGUUGAGGGGCAGAGGGAGAGAGAGGAGCAGAAAGAGAGAGAGGUGCAUAAAGAGAAAGAGGUGCAAAAAGAGAGAGAGGAGCAGAAAGGGCGGCAGAAAGAGAGAGAAGGGGAGAAAGAGAGAGAAGGAAAGAUAGAAAGAGAGGAACAAGGGGGAACGGAGGAGCAGCGAGGGAGGGAGGUGAAGGGAGUGAGGGGACAGGGGAAGGCAGGAGGGAGCAGGCAAAGGGUGGGCGCCCAUGCGAGAUUGGAUAGAGCUGAACGUGGGGGGCAGCCUGGGCAGGGUAAGAAGAGAGAAAGUGCAGUUCUUGAGUCGACCAAAAAAUCGCGUGCGAGCUUGAACGCGGUGGAAGGAGAGGGGCUGGGUAAGAAGGGAGAGAGUGUGGAGCGUGGUUCGAUGAGUGAAGGAGAUGUGUGCGAGGUGGUUGCUGGGAGAGAGGAUGGUGGGACCGGUGGCGAUGGUGAGAGAGGGAGUAAGGGCAGAGGUGAGAGUGAGAGUGAGGGUGAGGGUGAGAGUGAGGGCGAGGGUGGGAGUGGGAAGACAGGAAUGGAUACCGACGGGGUUGUUGAGAUACAAGGAAGUGCAGAAAGGGCGAGACAGGCAGGAGGAAGGUUGAGAGGUGAGGAAGAGGUGAAGGAGGGUGGGGUGAGUGUGGAGGGUGGGGUGAGUGUGGAGGGUGGGGUGAGUGUGGAGGGUGGGGUGAGUGUGGAGGGUGGGGUGAGUGUGGAGGGUGGGGUGAGUGUGGAGGGUGGGGUGAGUGUGGAGGGUGGGGUGAGUGUGGAGGGUGGGGUGAGUGUGGAGGGUGGGGUGAGUGUGGAGGGUGGUGUGGAUGACUUGAGGGGGGGUAGGUUGAGAAUGCGGAGAUGGAGUGAGGUGGUGGGGGAGGGUGGUUGGGGUGGUGGCAGGAGGGAUGUGCGCGGGGAGAGAGGGCGGGAGAGGAGAGGGCGCGGAAGGGAGGGGAGGGAGCGAGGGGCGAGAGGGAAGAGUGCAGGGCUGUGGGGCGCAAGGGUGGUGCGUCCGCAACGGCGAGUGGGUAAAGAGAAGGAGAGAGAGAAGGACAGGGAGGGGGGAGGAGAGGGGGAGGAGGGAGGAAGUGAAGGGCAGGAUGAGGAGGACGUGUGGUUGAUUCCUAGCGGGGAGGAAGAGGGAGGGGGUGUUGAUGCAGAUGAGGAGGAGGAGAAAGAGAAGGAGGAGGAGGUGGAGGAGGAGGAGGUGGUUGAGAGGGCAGGGAAGGAGCAGAGGGGCAGAGGAAGACGUGGUGGGGAUGAGGCAGCAGAGGAGGAGGAAGAUGUGGAGGAGGUGACUCCGGUGAGGAGUGGUGGGAAGGAGUGGAGAGAGCAUGAAGGAAAGGGGCUGGGUGAGGAUGUGAAUGAUGAAGAGACGGAGGAGGCAGAGGAAGAAUUGGAGGUGGGGCAGAAGGAGAAGGAGAAGGAGAAGGGGGAAAAGGAGGAGGAGGAGGUAGAGGAGGAAGAGGAAGGGCGAGCAUGCGUGAGGAUGAUGGGAGGGAGAGUGUAA